GGAGUCGGUUCCAGGAGCCGCUUCGUUCGCGACACACGCGCAGGAGCUCAGCUGUCGGUGCUCGGCUGGUGGUCCAAGUGGAGCGAAACCAGAAGAAAGCAGGUUGAGCAGAACUCUGAUCAGAGCAGCAUGUCAGCGCUGAGCGGGAAGGUCCAGACCGUCCUGGGCCUGCUGGAUCCAGACCAGCUGGGCCGCACCAUGACCCACGAGCACCUGACCAUGAGCUUCGAGUGCUGCUACUUCCCCCCUCCCCUGGGGGACGAGGCGGUGGCGGAGAACCCGUUCCAGAUGCAGCACAUGCACUGGCUGCGGCAGAACCCCUACAGCUGCCACGAGAACCUGCUGCUGCAGCAGGAGACCGGCGCCGUGCGGGACGAGCUGCUGGCCUACAGGAAGGCCGGCGGGGGCACCAUCGUGGAAAACACCACGACCGGCAUCGACCGGGACCUGCCCACCCUCCGGCAGCUGGCCAAGGACACCGGGGUCCACGUCAUCGCGGGGGCCGGGUUCUAUGUGGACUGCACCCACACUGAAGCCACCAAGAAGAUGAGUGUGGAGAAGCUCACAGACAUCAUCGUCAGCGAGGUGCUCCACGGCGCCGACGGCACAGACAUCCGAUGCGGCGUGAUCGGAGAAAUCGGCACCUGCUGGCCCAUCACGGAGAGCGAGGCCAAGGUGCUGAGGGCCUCAGCCCACGCUCAGGCUCAGCUGGGCUGUCCCGUCAUCAUCCAUCCCGGCAGGAAUCCCGCCGCCCCAGCUGAAGUCAUUCGGAUUCUCCAGGAGGCCGGCGGUGACAUCAGCAAAACUGUCAUGUCUCACCUGGACAGGACUUUUUUCGAUGACGCUGAGCUGCUCGAGUUCGCUAAGCUGGGAAGUUACCUGGAGUACGAUCUGUUUGGGACGGAGAUGCUGAACUACCCGUACAACCUGGACGUAGACAUGCCCAGUGACUGCCAGAGAGUGAAGGCCCUGGCGCUGCUGGUGAAGGAGGGCUACGAGGACAAGAUCGUGGUCGCACACGACAUCCACACCAAGAACCGUCUGACCAAGUACGGCGGCCACGGCUACUCUCACAUCCUGAAGAACAUCGUGCCCAAGAUGCUGAUGAGGGGCAUCUCACAGCACCAGGUGGAUAAGAUCCUCAUUGACAACCCUAAACGCUGGUUGACCUUCAAAUAAAUCCCAAAAAAACAAAAUGA